UCAGCGACACACCUUUGGGGAAGCACUGCGUAGCGAGUGCCUCUGGGCAGCAGGAGCAGAGCCGCUGUCUCUCCCUAGCGCCUCACCAUGUGGUUUGUCAGGAGAAGGCUUCCUAAAGUUCCCAGGGUCCUGUCUUGGCUCCUUGUUUUAACACUCUUUCUCCUCUCCGUUGCUAAUUCUGGCUUCUUGUUUGACUUGUCGAAGAGAAUGAUUUUCAGGCAAUUCAACUAUUUGCAACCUGCCACAAAUGUUCUACAAGCGGACACCCGCGAGCAAAAGGUUUCAGAGUAUUCUGCUGAUGGAAACUUGACAUUUUUAAAGGUGACCUUGGGAAAAGAUGCCACGAGACUUGGACAAGAUAUGGCUAAGAGCACACAAGACUGGGAAGUAGAAGAGCAGAAGACAGUGAAACUAGUCCCUGAGGAGGCAGAGGGAGCCAAGAAAGAGAUGACUGCAAAACCAGCCCCUAGGGUUGAGGAAACCAAGGAGAAGACGACAGUGAGGCCAGCCCCUGAGGCGGAGGGGGCCAAGGAGAAGAGGACGGUGAGGCCAGCCCCUGAGGCGGAGGGGGUCAAGGAGAAGAUGACAGCGAGGCCAAGCCCUGGGGUGGAAGGGGCCAAGGAGAAGACAAGGGUGAGGCCAAGCCCUGGGGCGGAAGGGGCCAAGGAGAAGACAAGGGUGAGGCCAAGCCCUGGGGCGGAGGAGGCCAGGGAGAAGACAAGGGUGAGGCCAAGCCCUGGGGCGGAGGGAGCUCAUGAAAGCAGCAUACCCAGAGGAAAAACGAAGCCAAAGGAGCCUCUUACAUCAGCAAAAACCGAUGGUGUAAGACCUGUGACUCAGGCUGCUGCAGUGACAGAAAAGAAAAAACUGAAGGCUGCUGAUUUCAAAUCUGAGCCACGGUGGGAUUUCGAGGACCAGUACGUUCUGGACAGCUCAUCUCCACCAUCGACCUGCUCUGACUCAGUGAAGGCCAAAGCUGCCAAGUCUGACUGGCUGCGAGAUCUUUUCCUGCCCAACAUCACAAUCUUCACAGACAGGAGAUACUUCAAUGAUAGUGAGUGGGACCGCCUGGAGCAUUUUGCACCUCCAUAUGGCUUCAUGGAGCUGAAUUACUCAUUGGUGAAGGAGGUCAUGUCCUUGCUGCCUCCAAACCCCCAUCAGCAGCUCCUGCUGGCCAACAGCAGCAGCAACAUGCCAAGAUGCAUCAGCUGUGCCGUGGUGGGGAAUGGGGGAAUACUGAAUAACUCUGGGAUGGGCCAGGAGAUUGACUCCCACGACUAUGUGUUCCGGGUGAGCGGAGCAGUAAUCAAAGGUUACGAAAAAGAUGUCGGAACAAAAACCUCCUUUUAUGGAUUCACAGCCUACUCCCUGGUGUCCUCUCUCCUGAUCUUGAGUCAUAGGGGGUUCAGCAAGAUUCCAAGGGGAAAACAUAUCAGAUACAUUCACUUCCUGGAGGGCGCUAGAGAUUAUGAGUGGCUGAAGGCUCUUCUGUUGAACGGAGAAACCAGGAAAGGAUUCUUGAAUCAAUACGGGCAAAGGCCCCGAGACAGAUUUGAUGAAGAUUUCAAGCUGGACAAAUAUCUGGUAGUUCACCCUGAUUUUCUCAGAUAUAUGAAAAACAGGUUUUUAAAAUCCAAAACUCUGGAUAAGCCCUACUGGCGGCUGUACAGACCCACGACAGGGGCCUUCUUGCUGCUGACUGCCCUCCAUCUCUGUGACUGGGUGAGUGCCUAUGGCUACAUCACAGAGGGUCACCAGAAGUACUCAGAUCACUAUUAUGACAAGGAGUGGAAACGUCUGGUCUUCUACAGUAACCACGACUUCAACCUGGAGAAGCAGGUGUGGAAAAAGCUCCAUGAUGAGAAUGUCAUGAAACUCUACCAGAGAUCCUGACUGUGUAGCAAGCGCCAUUGCUUGGAGUAUCUCAACAACACCUCAUGGGGAAAGGAGGAGUACUUCUAGAGCCAGGGUUAGCUCUGGACUUCCGGGCACAGUUCCAUCCCUACAAAGAUAUUUCCCUUUUUCGGACGUUUCCACAAACGUGCAUGUGCUACAGGUCAGGAGAGGAGCAGCCAGCAAAUGCAGCAGGGCAACAAAGGCAUCCCCAUCUGACUACACUGCAAGACCCGUUGCAGAUGGUUGUAGGCUCUGGUUUUGGGAAGAAGGAAUCAAGACUGGAUCUGAGUAGCAGCUGGUCCAGUGUCUUGUGUCUUCAUCCAGGUUUACCCUCUUUGCAAUGAGAUGCUCCUCUCCUCAGGCUGGGGCUAGCUUUUUGUUCUGGGUGAUUCCUCUCCCUUAGCGGUGCCCAUCUCGGAGUUGGGUGUCUCAUCUAAGCAGGCUCCCUCCGCAGGCAGUGGACAGAGAUGGAUGCACAGAUCCUCUGUCAGGUGGAUGACUUGGGUGAGGUGCUGCUCCGACUCUGCUGCCUUCUGAUAAAAAUGAUCUGGACGCUUGGCUUCCGGAUGACUGAUAGGAUGAAUCUCACUUCUGCUUCCCACCGUGGCCUACUCAUGACACUUGCGAAGGAGCACAAUGAUGGCUGGUGUCCAGUCUGCUGCCCUGAGCCCAGCUCACCAUCGAUAAAAGGGAAGGUGAAUGUUCUCUACGGUGCACGAGGCUUGUCAGACUUACUCAGUGCCUCUGGCUCUGUGGGCUCCCCUGGCUGCAGGACACGUUAGCACUGUGUUGCAGUCCUGGUGUGCCAAGUCAGUGCUUAGUUGGGCCUUGGCAUGCUUGGCUCCCACCUGUCCCAGGAGCACUUUGUUUGCCCUCUGGCCGGGGGAGAUACAAGCUCUCCAAGUCCAGGGAUGGAUACUAUCUGUCUUUGCUGCUGGUUGGAGUGCCUGUUCCCUAUGAUGCUGAGAGAGGCAGACCUGGUUGCAAGCCUGCAAUGUAUUGCCUUAUGAAGGAGGUUUUGUAAGCAAAAUAAAUGUCACUGCUUUGGCCAAACUGAUUUUCAUUGCAGCCCUGUGGGAUGUGGUUAUUUAGUUUGUGCCCAAAACAGUUGCUCAAAUGCUGCUGCAUAAGGGAAUGAAGCCAAGAAAGGGAGGGAGAAGAACAAGCAGGACCAGAGGUUAAUGAGUAUACCUCCAUCUGCUGAUGCUCUGCAGCUUGUGUGGAUACACCUGAGCGAUCUCCAGUUGUCCACCUUGCUAUGGCAGGGAUCAGAGCUGGCUGUAAACCUCUCUGAGAAAGUGAAUAAAUGC